AUGGAGGUGAACCAUCUCUGGGUGUUUCUGUUGCAGAGGGCUGACAUGGAGCUGACGAGGUGUGAUGCGAUCAGCUGGGAGCAAGAGGAGGAAGAGGAGGAGAAGAUGAUGAUGGGGGAGGACGGAGGCUACGAGUCGACUGUCUCCCAGGAGAAGCAAGACUCAGAUCCUCCAAUCAGCCUCAAGACGGAUAAAUCGGGUCACACGGUACUGGAGACUCCUGCAGACCUGCAGAACCUGAUGCUGCUGAGGAAGACCAAGAGAGAGCAGAAAGUCAGGAAAAAACCUGCUGCAGCCGCCCCUGCUGUCCAGAGAGUGCCCUACUAUGUGGACGAGGAGGACUUCCUCCAGGCCUGUGAUCAGGAGCAGCUGCUGGUGAUCAAGCGCUUCCUGUCAACAGGCGGAGACGUCAACGUCUGUGACGCGUUUGAGCGAACCGGUCUGCACAGAGCGAGUUCUCGUGGUCACACCGACGUCGUCACCAAACUGAUGGAAGCCGGAGCCAACGUCCACAGCCGAGACAAGCUUUUGUCCACUUGUGUCCACGCUGCAUGUCGAGGAGGACAUCUGUCUGUUCUCAAACUGCUGCUGGACCACGGAGCAGACAUAUCUGCAACAGACAAGCUGGACAGCACUCCUCUUCAUGUCUCUGUGAGGACCGGACACUUCGACUGUGUUGAACACCUGAUUCACUGCAGAGCUGAUGUCAACACACAGGACAGGGAGGGAGACACUCCGCUUCACGACGCUGUUCGACUCAACAGAUUUAAAAUCCUCCAGCUGUUAUUGCUGCAUGGAGCCGACACACACAUCACCAACCAGGACGGCCAUCGUCCUCUGGAUGCCGUGCUGGAGUGGCAGAAUGAAACAAAGACUCUCCUCACCGAGCAGAACGACAGGAAGUGA